CCCUACCACAGCUCAAGAGUGUUUAUCUUCUUUUUCCUGUUAGCUUUGUCUGCAAAGUAGGGUCACAAACACCGACAACUUAACAGAAACUUGAGAGAUAAUGACAUUUCACUAUCUGACGCUGUAUGAGCAAGGCACUCAAGAACAAAAGUAAUUUAACUUUUGCCACCAUGUCCUCCAGAAAGCGUAAAAGAUACUCCAGGGAUGUAAAGUGUGUCUUCUUUCCGGAUGAAGUCGAACAUGGUCUCCAGAAAGCCGACAGAGACACAAAAUCAAUUUCGUUCGUGUCAUCGGCCAAGAGCUGGGAGAAGUGUGGAGACAGUUUUUUGGACACUCCAGCUCUAAAGAACUUCCAGUCACCGAAAAAUCUGUCUGCAGUAAGGAAGUUGGCUCCUGCUUUAGUGCAGAGCACUUCCCCUCGCAGUAAUGAAGACCCUGUUCACAUAACGUGGAGCUCCAGUGACACAGAAGACUCUGAAAAUGAGAACCAGGAGCAGCGUCAGUCCAGAGUUGUUUCACUGCAGCAACGGCGCUCCUGGAGACCAGGCAAACCCACAGCACCCAUUCAGCUCAACACAAGCAAGCUCAGCAUGCUCACAACUGAAAAAGAUGACCUCCCUGUCAUAAACACAGACAGUGAUCCGGAUGACUCUGAAGAAGAUGUUGACAAAUACAGUGGACAACAAAUCUCUGACUGUGAGUCGUCCUCCGCAGAUGAAAAACAGGAAGACAUUCCUCUGAAAUAUGAAGAUGUGAAAGAGCAAGAGAUCUCGGCAUAUGGGAGUGAUGGAGAAGAUAUUGGCACCACUCUGACCUCAAGCAAACUGGACUCUGAGAGCUUUCCUCUCCAAGCUGGAGAGGGCAGCAAGAGGUCAGUCGGUGACUGGGUGAGAUCGGCGCAGGCAAUGAUGCAGACGCCUCAGAAGUCGAUUGACAGGCAUCCCAAAACCCCAGAAGACUCCGCCAAAAAGAAAAGAAAGCUUCUGAGUGGAGGUCUGGCAGAGAGGCUGAAUCGUCUCCAGUGCAGACAGAGGUCAGCUAUCAGUUUCUGGAGGCAUAAGUUCACCUCAGCACCAACAACCACAACAGUGGACAGGCCUGGCGUGCUGGUGCUGGAGGUGCUGGAGGUCCACGAGGAGUGCAGCAUGCAACUGGCGCACUGCGAGCACCAUCAGCCCCCCGGAGAUGACCUCCAGCACAGUAACCCCGUGUCUAAAGAGACGGCCCGUAUGCUGGUGUUAUUCAAUAGAGAGACGGCAGCCCAGCUGAGUCCUGCACCCAGAGAUAUCAUCCACAUAUACCCACCCUGGCAAAGUCUUUCAGUAGAGGGCUUCAGCUGUCCUGUCAUUCUGAACACACACUUCAGUCAGAAAGUCUUCUCCGCCACCAAACCAGCCGACAUUUCCCUUCCAACGGUCCGACUUUCUGCAGCGAGGCGCAUGCCGUAUUAUUUGGGGAAAACAUUUGGACAACUAGAUGGAUGCUGGACCACGGAAGAGAGCAAGCAGGCUGCUGCGUCUGAUGCUCUAUGCAGUUACGGAGGUUCAAGAGUUUUGAUGAGAUCCUGCGUCUCUCUUCUGGAAGCCAUAGAGGGUCUUGGUCAGGCUGGAAUUGUGGAGCGGGAUGUGGAAGUGGUUGUCCAAAGGGUUUAUUCCAUCUUUGUAGCUCACAGCUCUCCUGUCUCCAUCAAACAUGGAGUGUCCCUUCGGUCGUCUGCUGAUCCUCCUCCUGCAGAGAAGACCAAAACCAGGUUGUGUGUGCUUGUCCAGGAUGGCUAUGGGACGUUCAGCGUGGUCCAGCUCCAGCCCCUUCCCUGCACUGACGAGCUCCACUCGUAUAACCAGAAGUGGCAGGGGAGGAACUGCGUCCUGAGGGGCAUUAGAGUCGUCAAGCGGGUCACUCGUGAGAGGCACUCAAGGCUUUUCACCUUGAUAGACAGCCUGUGGCCCCCAGCUUUGCCUCUUAGAGAUCAUGGAAACUCUCUGAGUAUGCCCACUGAGAGUCGACCUCCAGGUUCAGCUCCGAGUUUCUGCUACCUGCUUUCAGGUCCGCAGAAUGCAGUUGAACCCGUUGAAGGGCAGAACGCAUCCCUGCUCUACCUGCACCCCACAAACCAAACCUUACGAGACAUAAUGCAGGCUGAGACGAAAACACGCUGCUGCAGUUUUGUUGCCACGGUUUUAUACAAGAGAUUACAGAGCACUGAUGUAGGCCAGGGUGAGGUGUGGUUGGUGUUAACAGACCCCAGUCUUCAGGAGGAGCAGCCUGAGAGGCCAUGCAGGCGAACAGUGGCUCUGUGUGUGAACACUUCCUGCGUGCUCACUUCCUCCGUCCUCAAAGCACUGAACUCCCCUGGUGUCUGUUGCAUGUCUUUUAGAGAUGCCAUCAGAGAACAUGGUGUCCUCCUCUGUGUGGAGCAGACUGUUAUUGAAGUGUGCUCCGUUGAGCCCGAGGGCACAGCCGAGUCCACAACCAGGUCAGACUCCGUGUCACAGCCCCCCCCUGAGCCCCAGCUAGAGCCCCAGGUGAAGACCCUGCCCCGGCCUGUGAGACUAGAUCCACUGAGUCUGGAGGCCACACCCAACUCCCUCUGCACGCUCACAGGGGUAAUAUCUGGUGUGGAUGAGAACACGGCGUAUUCUUGGCCUGCCUGCAGUCUCUGUGGAAGUGACGACUUAGAGUUGUCAGCCGAGAUGCCUCAGACGUUCCACUGUGUUUCCUGCAAAUCAUCGGUAGACAAGCCAGACACAAAGUUUCAGCUGGAAGUGUUCCUGAGUUCCUCAUUAAGUAGCUGCACAGUGAAGGUUAAGCUGCAGCAGAGGACGAUCAUGUCCGUGCUGGACACCACAGCGCAGGAGAGUAACGAGUUCCAAGGCUAUGAUGUAGAGAGUGUCCUGGGAAAAGAGGUGGGUCCCAUUGCCGUUUACGUCCGAGUCAUCUCCAGGAAGCCUGCACUCUGGAUUGGCCUGGAAGAGAUCUGCCUCUGAGGCUGACUGAUAUCAGUCCCGAGGCCUCAGCUGGCUCCAAGGAUCUGCACACUGGGCCUUGGUCAGAGCCAGUUUAUCCUCCUCUCCCCCUCUGAAGGCCUCCCUGACAGCUUGAGGCUGCGCUGAAGAGAGUGGGCUGCAAGAAGACAAGGUCUUGUUUGUGUUACUGAUAAGUGAUCCUGUGCACCAGGAGUUGACGGCCCAAGGGUAGAGCAGUGGCAUGCAGUAUGUCAAAUGAACCCACGUGGUCAAUGUAUUGUGAUGUGAGUUCAGAGCAGGACUUUGACAUAAGAAAAGAGGCUUUUUUCAGCCCAUUUACCUCUGUAUAUAAGAUCAGACACUAUGUCAAUAAAAAGUUUAUUUUUGCUGACGCUGCUUUCUAUUUCCUGUUGCACUUUUUUUGUGAAGCUGUUUCCUCACCAUAAAUGAUGUGCAAAGAUUACUCAGACCAGACAUUUCUGCACUUUCAGUGAUUUUUAUUACAGAUUCCAUAAACAAAAAUGUUUUCAAAGUUUCAUACAAACUAUAUAAAAGGUCAUAUUCUGGCUUUUAUACAAAUGUAGGAAUUAUAAAACAAGGACCAUAUCAGGUAUAACAUGUAAAUGCAGUGGUAAAAUAACUUAAUACAGAGAAGAAGAAAAAAAUCCCACAAAAAUAUGUCAGCAACAACAUAUUUUCUAGUGCCAUUAUUAUGGUAAGCUUAAAAUACAUCUGGUACAGAUGGUAAAAAGGGGUAUGUUGAGGUAUGUCUCCUGUUCAGUUCAU